AUGCCGAACAACAACAACAACAGCGGCUCUGCCUCCAAUUACGAAAUGAGCACGCUCCCCGCUUCGGCCAACACCAACACCAACACCGACGUCGAGGCUGGCGCCCCCCCCAGAGGCGAUAGCGAGAGGGACGUUUGGUGGCCCGGCAAAGAAGAGUUGUUCGCUUGGUUGAGGCAUCCCUUCCCAGAGGGAAGAUUGGGGAAAGGCAGGCAAGUCUUUGAGGGAAGAAGUCAGUCCAUGGUGAGAGGGACUUUGCGCUGUGGGAGUGACUUCUCCCUCAAGGUGGCUGACACUUUUCUCAAGUAUGUCCUCAUGCGGUGGAAGUUGUGCGUGACCCCAUAUGGUACACGGGUAUUCGGCGCUGCCCCCGCCGACACUACACCAGCCGACAUUGCACCCGCCGACACUGCACCCGCCAACACAGCCCCCACCGACACUGCCCGCCACCGACGACGCUCCUCCUCCCACCGCCCACCGAACCCGGUUCCUCCCCCCUCCGGCCGUCACCCCCCCGCUCCCACCACCGACGUCGGACUCUCUGACCCCGCCCCCGCCCAACUCUCUGUCCUAUCUGUGUUGUCAUCGCAACAGUCUGACCAUCUUUCACCCUUCGCCCGAUUAUCGUACAACAUCAUCGUAUCACCUGUUCUGCUGUCCCACAUCUCUUUGCUCCGGCAAUUUGCUCGGUCGUAUCGUCAUCCUGCACUUCAUCCCACCAACAAAUCCAAAUCAUUCCCGACUCUACGGAUUACCCCUCCCGUCUACUUCUCCACCAUUAUUCUGCCUAAAUCCAGCCUCCCCGCCGCCAACAAGACCCGCUUCCAAGUGCCCGUGGAAGCUGCAUUCAACUGCAGCUCAUCGGAGAAGCUAUUCCUCGGUGUUGUCGCCAGAAUCGCGGAGACGGAGGAGGCGAAUGAGCUGGAGAGGGGGGAUAGGAUCCAGUUGGAAGAGAAGAAGGGCUUGACGAAGAUUGCAGGGGCGGAGAAGUGUAGUUUGUAGACGAGUAGGCGGUAUGCAGUUGUACAUAUUGGAG